GUCACGUGAGGGUAAUAACACUCGAUUGCAAGUACUGCGAUCACUUAAUAUUUAAUCCCGAUUCCUUACCAACGCCAACCUCGAUAGCUAGGCUUUCAACACAGGUUUUUAUACUAUUGAUAUGAGCUCAACAAAGCUCAAUUACGAGGGGGUGUUGCUAUUUGAGCAGCCGUUUGCACGGGUCCCUUAUGAAAACUAUCGGAAAGUCUUCCGUGCUACACAACGGAAUAUAGAGCGCGAGCUCGGAAAUGUCCAGACUGUCUCAAAUGACCUACUACAACGAUCCAAGAGCCGCGAGGUCAACCUCGAGGACGCCGCCAAGAGCGUAGAUGGGAUGAUAGGUCGGGUUGAGAACCUCAAGCGCAAGCUUUCCGAACUGCAGGAUACCGCUGGAAAGCCCACCCUUGAUGUCACUCGGGAGAGGUUACAGCAUCUCAUGGCGGUUGAGACCCUGCAAACCACCGGUAGCCUCGAUUUUUCGCGGUGGGCGGACACGCGGCUUGACAGAUGGCUUGUUGACUGGGCCCUCCGGACUGGACGGGAAAACACAGCACGAACACUGGCACAGGAUAGGAACAUAGAGACCCUUGUGGACAUCGAUCUGUUUACAGACAUCCGAAGAAUUGAAUUGGCACUUUCCAAGCACAGCUGCACUGAAGCACUGGCAUGGUGUAGCGAGAACAAGACGGCGUUGCGGAAAAUUAAGACCACGCUCGAAUUUGAACUUCGCUUACAAGAGUACAUCGAGUUGGCGCGUGAUCAGAAGAAGCAGGAGGCCAUGGCUUACUCGAAAAAGCAUCUCGUGUCAUGGCAAGAAACACAUCUCCCACAGAUUAUGCAGGCUGCCACUCUACUUGCAAUAAAACCUUCUACGACGUGUGGCCCGUACCGCAGACUGUAUGAUGAUUCCCGCUGGCUUGAUCUUAUUCAAGCCUUUCGGCUUGCCAUCUACAAUCUGAACUCUUUACCCACUGAACCCCUUCUCAAUCUUGCUCUCUAUUCUGGCCUAGCUUCACUGAAGCUGCCUUCCUGCAACGACAGGUCAUCCCACAAUAUCGACUGCCCGGUGUGCGACCCUAGCAUAAACACUCUGGCUCGAGAAGUUCCAUUCAGUCACCACGCCAACUCCACUAUUGUUUGUCGAAUUAGCGGCAAGAUCAUGGACGAGGACAAUAUGCCCAUGGUGUUUCAAAAUGGUCAAGUUUACUCGAGAGAGGCACUGGAAGAUAUGGCAGCGAAGCACAAUGGCAUGGUCACUUGCCAAGUGACUGGCCAAACGUGCGAGUUCAGUGCACUCAAGAAAGUAUUCAUCUCUUAGCUGUUUACUGCGUGAAAUACCAGACUCGUCGUCUCGGUUGUUUACAUCAAUUCUCACCGCGUGUUGGACCUAUAUUCAUUUUUUAUCGUGUAAUAACAUUAGCAACUGUAGUAUAUUCAGACUCAACAAAGGAGAAGGCUUCGUCGAGAAC